AUGGCGAACAGAGAAAGAGAGAGAGAUCUUGAGCUUCUGAUUCGAGAGAGGGAGAGGGAUCUAGAGCUCCUUAUUCCGGUUUCGACCCCCGAAAAUGCACCUCCCAUAUCCUCCACCUCCUCUCCAAAAUCUCCAGCUACCUCCACCACAUCAACAUCAUCUCAUAACCAUCAUACCUCCGGCCGCGAGGCAUUUUCAAAAGUCAUUCAGAGCUGGGCUUCCAAGAAGUUUAUGACAGGAUGUGUCAUUCUUCUUCCAAUAGCUAUUACAUUCUACGUGACGUGGAUUUUCAUCCGUUUCGUGGAUGGUUUCUUCUCCCCCAUUUAUAAUCAUCUAGGAAUCAAUGUUUUUGGUCUUGGAUUUGCCACCUCUCUCAUCUUCAUCUUCUUAAUUGGUGUUUUCAUGCAAUCAUGGUUAGGAACUUCAGUUCUAACCUUAUGGGAGUGGUUUAUUAAGAAAAUGCCGCUUAUAAGCUAUAUAUAUAGUGCCUCAAAGCAAAUUAGUACAGCAAUAUCACCAGAUCAGACCUCUAAGGCAUUUAAGGAAUUGGUUAUCAUAAGGCAUCCAAGAAUCGGAGAGUAUGUAUUGGGAUUUAUUACUAAUACAGUUAUGCUUAAUCGAAGGAGUAUAGGCGAAGAACUCUGCUGUGUUUAUAUACCUACCAACCACCUUUACCUUGGUGACAUUGUUCUAAUCAGUCCCAAAGAUGUUCUGAGGCUCAAUCUGUCAGUUCGAGAAGGAAUUGAAAUUGUUAUUUCCGGAGGUAUGUCAAUACCCCAACUGUUAACUACAAUGGAACCACCAAUUGUUCCACCAGAAAGGAUUCCCCACUUCGAAACGCCAAAACAAUGA